AUGGGGAUCAGAAGCAUCGCAAGAGGAGCUUUCACCAACAUGACCAGAGUCAAUACUCUUGCGAUUGACAAUAACGAGCUAUCGAGUCUGCCAUUAGAGAUUGGCAGCCUUGUCAGCCUGACGACGCUCUUUCUCAGCCACAACAAGUUGACUUCCAUUCCCUUGGGUAUCUUCACGAAUGUGUCAGGGAUUCAAUAUCUCAGUAUCAGCUACAACCAACUGUCAACUUUGCCAACAGACAUCAACGAGCUCAAAGAAUUGAAAUUUCUUCUUGUCAACAACAACCAGCUUACAAGCUUCCCGGAUGGAGCCUCCACCAAAUUGACAAACCUCUUCUUCCUGGAACUGAGCUACAAUCAGCUGUCAAGUAUCCCAGGAAGUAUUAGCGGUCUUCCCGGACUUGUAGAAUUGAUUCUCAGUCAUAAUCAGAUCACUAGCAUCCCGAUAGGAUUCUUUGACAACAUGCCUAUGCUG